AUUUUCUUGGAUCGAAUGUCGGGUAUUUCGAAGAACUCUGACCAAGGACUUGUUUUGAUUGUGUUGAAAUUCGAAACCGGAUUCCGGCGGUCGGAUUAGUGAAUAUUUAAUAAGUAACCUCAUUCCUUGAGAACUACCUUAAUCACAAUGUCGCGCUACAAUAGAAACUAUGGAAAUAACUCGAGGGGCAACCAUGGUGGAUUUGAAAGAGACCAUGAAGGUUACACGCACGUUUAUACGGAUGGGGCGUGCUCAUCCAACGGCCAGGCAGGAGCUCGAGCUGGUUAUGGAGUCUACUGGGGCGACAACAACCGUUACAACAGGAGCCAGCCUGUGGAUGGCAGGGCCACGAACAACACCGCAGAAAUACAAGCGGCCACUGAAGCCAUGAGGACUGCUCGCGAAAACGGAAUGACCAAGCUGGCCAUUAACACUGACUCGAAGUUUCUCAUGGACUCUGCUACUAAAUGGAUGCCUGGUUGGCAAGAAAAUGGAUGGAGGACUGCAUCAGGAGAGCCGGUGAAGAAUCAAGCAGAUUUCAAAGAGAUGCUCCGGGCGCAGGGAGAUCUUGACGUCAAAUGGAACCACGUCAAGGCUCACGAUGGAAGUCAUGGCAAUGAAAUGGCUGACAGGUUUGCUAAGGCUGGAGCUGCUAAGUACAAGUAACUUAUGUUACACACUGUUUUUGCUUUUAUCUUUGUUUAGUAUUAUGUAAAAUGUUGAUUUAAGUGGAGAUUUUAUCCUCAUAAAAAUGUUAAUUGUUAAGUGUUGAUUGAAGUACAUAUAAAGAAUUUCUUAAAAAGUUGUGGUUUGCACAACCAAUAUUGAUUAAUUUCAGUUUUUUUUUAUUCUAUAGUGCUAUUAAAUGAGCAUUUCUUUCUUUUAUAUAUGGGUACUUUUAUAUGCCCAGUAUUUCUAUAUGUUCUCUGCCCUGCCCAGUUUGUUUUGUCUUGAUUUUUAAAUUAAUCACUGAGCAUAACAAAAUUUGUUAUAUUUUGCUGUAUUUCAGACAAUAACAUUUGAAUACCAAAGUAAUGAGCCAAAAGUACACCAAAAUAAAGGGACCAAUGUUAGGGCAGACAGUAAAAAGAAGUAUUUUUAUCACAUUGUGAUUUUUGUGUCUUUAUUAUUACAGGGUACAGGGGCAAUCCUGACUGGGGGAUGAUUUCAACUAAUCAAAAUUUCUGUGUUAUUAAUUAUUAUCAGUUAUCACAAAUACAAUGUGACUAGAGGCAACAGAGAUAAACUCUAGCUAAUCAUUUAAAUUAAUUUAAAACAUGGAAAGUAUUUUGAUUAGUUGAAAUUAUCCUGCAGACAACAUUGCCUCCUUGUGCCUUAUAUGAUUAGUAAUAGUUAAGUUUUGAUUCUUUUCUAUGUGAUUGUUAUUAUGAUUAAAAUGUUUAAAAAGGGUAAUCAUAAAAUUCAGUGUAAUACAGGUAUUACAUGUUUUUCUAUGUACCUACCCACAUCUCUCUUAUUUUUAUAAUAAAAAAAAAUUGUA